GGAAACCGCGUCGUGUAUACACCGAGCCCCUCCCAGUGGCCAUUUUGGUUCAGGAGGGCUCCGUGGCAGAAGCGCUCGCUCGCGACCCCCCCGCCGCGCAGCUGCCGAGAGCUGCGCCCGCAGCCUCGCCGCUCGCACACCGAGCCAUGCAGCAGGUCAUCGUCGUGGGCGGCGGCCUCGGCGGCCUCUCCGCCGCGCACACCAUCCUCGAGCACGGCAUCAACGUGCUCGUGGUGGACAAGAGCGCCUUCUUCGGGGGCAACAGCACCAAGGCCACCAGCGGCAUCAACGGCGCCCUCACCAAGACGCAGCGCGCGCACAAGAUCGGCGACAGCCCGGAGAUCUUCCAGGAGGACUGCAUGAGGGGAGGCGCUAGCCGCCCGGACCUCGUCCGCGUGCUGUGCGAGGAGAGCGCGCCGUCCGUGGACUGGAUCAUCGACAAGUUCGGCGUUGACCUCAGCCUGGUCUCGCGCCUGGGCGGCCACUCCAUGCCCCGCACGCACCGCGGCAAGGAGCGCUUCCCCGGCAUGACCAUCACCUACGGCCUCAUGGAGAAGCUCGAGGAGAUCGCCGAGAAGACCCCGCAGCGAGCGCGCAUCGCGCUGAAGACGCAGGUGACGAAGCUGCUCACGGACAAGGACGGCAACGUGUGCGGUUGCGUCUGCAAGGACAAGGAUGGCAAGGUGUACGAGGAGCAUGGUCCUGUCGUCAUCGCCACGGGCGGUUUCGGCGCAGACUUCACCGCCGACUCGCUGCUCAGCAAGUACCGCCCCGACCUGGCGCACCUGCCGACCACCAACGGGGAGCACUGCACUGGCGACGGCCUCAAGAUGUCCAUGGAGGUGGGCUGCGACAUGGUCGACCUCGAGUGGGUGCAGGUGCACCCCACGGGCCUCGUGCACCCGGAGGAGCCGGACGCCAAGGUGAAGUUCCUGGCGGCGGAGGCCCUCCGCGGCGUCGGCGGCGUUCUGCUGGACAUGAACGGCAACAGGUUCUGCAACGAGCUGGGCCGCCGCGACUACGUCACCGGAAUGAUGUGGAAGAACAAGGGCUUGGUGCAGGGCAGCUGCACCGGCUUCUUCUUGUGCCUCAACAGCAAGUCCUCUAAGGAGAUCGAAUGGCAUUGCAAGCACUACAAGGGCCGCGGCAUCAUGAAGUCGUUCAAGGACAUGACCGAGAUGGCCAAGUUCUACAACAUCCCGAUCGCCAACAUCGACGCCACCUUCAAGGCGUACAACGAGAUCGCCGAAAAGCAGACCAAGGACCCGGACAACGGCCCUUACGAGGCGUACGGCGGCGGCAAGUCCUGGGAUCAGUGGGGCAAAAAGUUCUUCCACAAUCUCCCCAUGGACGUGAACGACUCUUUUCACGUUGCCAUUGUGACGCCCGUGAUCCACUACUGCAUGGGCGGCAUGAGCAUCAAUGGCGACGGCGAGGCCCUGAAGGCGGACGGGUCCGUGCUCGGCGGCCUGUACAGCGCGGGCGAGGCGGCGGGCGGCAUCCACGGCAACAACCGCCUCGGGGGCAACUCCCUCUUGGACUGCGUCGUGUACGGCCGCGUCUCGGGCCGGGCCGCCGCGCGCUACCUCACAGCGGCGAACAUCAAGUACGUCGACUCGGUGAAGGCGGGCACCGCCGCGGCCGCCAAGCUCUGAGCCCCCCGAGGUCAGCCGCGGCCAGGGUCUCUCUCUCUCUCUCUCUGUCUCCGCGUGGCGCGCCGGGCCGUCCAGCCGUCGGGGGGCUGCCGCCACCUCGAUCCUCCUUCUCCUCGAUCC